AGAGCGAAUUCACAAGGAGCGAGUGGGCGUGUUGCUGACAUAUCGAUGACGUUUCUAUCAUGCGACUGGCACGAAGCCGGGAGAAUACGAAGCGUGAAGAACAAAAGACAACAACAAUAAUGGUUCAUUGGCAAGACGAAGAGAUUCGUCAACUUCUGAGGGUAAGGGCCAAGGCUGAAAUCUCCAGACAAAUAGUAGGAACGGCAAGAGACUCUGUUGUUUAUGACCAAAUUACGAAAGGCCUACGCGAAAAGGGAAUAAUCCGAACCAAGGCUCAGGUAAACACCAAAUUAAAAGCUCUUAAAAAGCAAUACCAAACGUUCGUCGACCGUAGAGGCCGUAGUGGAAACGGCGAUGAAACAUGGUGCUAUUUAGGUUUGUGCGAGGCUAUAUGGGGAUCGAGUCACUCGCCGAGACCUGUGGCUUUGGGCUUGGGCCAGGAAAUGGCGUCCACCUCCAGAAGCACGGAGACCUCCUCCCCGAGUACCCCCGAACCACCAAGCAGCGACAAUGACGAGAAGCCUUCAGUAGCUGAUCUGUCGAUCAAGGAUUCGGGUUGUAGUACAGAAUGGACCGUUCCUGAUGAAGAACCUCCUAGGAAGAAGUCGAGGAACAAGACAAACUUGGAAAGGCAAUCGGCAGAGGUGAGGCGCGUCUUCAACGAUAUGGACAAGGACUUCCACGAGCGAGAGCGGCUUCGGCUGCUCGAGGAGCGGGAGUACGAGGAGCGCUGGCGGCGAGAGCAGCAGGAGCGGGAGGACCGCCGCCACAGAGAGGAGAUGGCCGUUCUUCAGGACAUGACCUCUGUACUCCGACAAAUGGCCCAAGCCCAGCAGCAGACGGCGGACGCGCAGCCUCCACCCCUUCCCUCGGGGAGCCACUCCUGGAGCCCAGAACGGAUCCGGCGGCUGGAGGAGCGGGACUUUAUGGAGCGGCGCCGCAGAGAGGAGCAGGAGCGCGAGAACAGGCAACGGAGAGAGGAGAUGGCGGUUCUUAAGGACUUGACCUCGACACUCCGACAAAUGACCCAGGCCCGGCAGGUGCCGGCCGCGCAACCUCCAGCCCUGCCCCCGGUAAACAACCCCUGGAGUCCAGAACAGCUUCAGCUGUUGCAGGAGUAGGUAGAGCAGAGGAGGAAGAGUGGCUGCGAAAUGCUCUAAGAUGAGACUGUCCGUCAAUUUCAGCCGGGCUGAGCCAGGCUGGGCUAUUCAUGUCUGCUGGAUAUUGUGAUUACACAUAGACACAAGGCCAUCAAACCGUAUAGCACCUCACUCCACAUCUAUUUGUGGCUAGUUUGUUUUUGGUUUUACAGUUCUCUAUUUUAUGCUAUUGUAAGUGAUGUACAGUACCAUGAGUUAUGUCAUGGGAUGAAUAAGGUUUUGAGAUAAAUGCACAAAUGCGACACUUGUUGUUCAAAUAUGACACUUGUGUUAUAUCUAUACCCAUGGGGAUGAUACUGUACUCUGCCAUUUUCUAUUUUUCACUCUGCACUUGAUAGAUAAAAUACGUUGUCUUGAGACAAAUUCGUUGUCCGUUUUCUUCGAUGCAUCUUUUGAAAAUAUUGGAAAUGUAUAAGCUAUUCAUAUCUAGCAUCUCGGGCCAAAACCAGUGAACACUAUGCCUCAAAAGUUGCCUUAUUACGAAAUUGAGAUUUUUCAUCAUUGAGGAGCCCUUAAAUUCCCUCGACAAUAACAAGUUCUUCCCAAGGUCGAAACCCCUUUGAAACCAAAAAAGGAAUCGCAUGUUCCUCAUAUAAUGCUCAUUUAAAAGUCACAAAUCCUUCAGCGAUGCAAAAAGGUAACGGGUGAAUAAUAAAAUCCAAUUAUUAUUUGAUUUGAUAAAUUGUUUGUACAAAUAAAACGGAUGGUUUCAAUUUGUAUCAACAAAGAUUUUGGACCAAAGUUGUAUUUACAACUCUCAGGUGGGCGUGGCUACGCCUGCAGUGAGGUUCAAGAGUUCACCUGCAAGUCCGACUCGGAAGGGAAGAUAUAAAAUCGACAAGCGUUGAAAAAUGGAGGCCCAGAGGAAGCUGUUGAACAGUACAGAGCUGUGUGUGGACGAGGCCCUGUGCGGUCUGGUGCGGUCGGCCAGUGGUCUCUGUCUGCUGAGGGGUCUACGAGUUGUGGUGCGGUCUGACCUGAAAAACCUCAAUGGGAGGGUGGGUCUGGUCUCUGGAGGGGGGUCCGGCCACGAGCCAGCGCACGCAGGUUACAUUGGUGCAGGGAUGCUGUCCGCAGCGGUUGCCGGGGGCGUGUUCGCCUCCCCUCCCCCGGCCAGCAUCCUGGCGGCCGUCCUCCACCUCCACGACGCGGGAGCGUCGGGGGUCCUUCUCAUUGUGAAGAACUACACCGGAGACCGCCUUAACUUCGGCCUGGCCGCCGAGCAGGCCCGUAACCGCGGCGUCUCCGUCGCUAUGGUGAUCGUCGCCGACGACUGCGCCUUUGAGCGCCCCGGCAAGGCUGGGAGGCGGGGCCUGUGUGGUACCGUGUUCGUACACAAGUUGGCAGGGGCCCUGGCAGAAGAAGGCUACCCAUUAGACAAGAUUGUUGCCAAGGUGACAGAGGUGCUGAAAGGGAUUGGUACUUUGGGGGUCAGUCUCUCUCCCUGCAGUGUUCCAGGAUGUCUGCCCUCCUUUCAGCUGCCCCCCGGAGACAUGGAGCUGGGCCUGGGUAUCCAUGGUGAGCCCGGAAUCCAGAGGUCAAAGGUGGCGUGUGCAGACCAGGUGGUGAACACCAUGAUAGAUCACAUGACCAACCCCAGCAGCCAAUCACAUCUGCUGCUCAACUCAGGGGACAGUGUGGUUCUGUGUGUCAACAAUCUGGGAGCUCUGUCCUGUUUAGAAAUGGCUGUGGUCACAAGAGCUGCACUCUCUACACUGGAGGCCCGCGGAGUGGUGGUUGCCAGAGUGAUGUCAGGGUCGUUCAUGACAUCGCUGGAGAUGGCCGGAGUCUCUCUCUCCCUGAUGAGGGUCGACCCUGAAGUUCUCAGACUGUUUGAUGCCAAGACGAGCGCUCCCGCGUGGCCCAACCUCAGCAGUGUGUGUGUGAGUUCACGUCAGUACACCGUGGAGCCCCCCGCGCUGCGCACGUGGGCCCAGGGGGGCGACGCCCACUCUGAAGGGCCGCUGAGCCCUGUGAUGCGUUCAGCGCUACAGAGGAUAAGCUCCGCCCUGCUGGACAGACAGGAGGAACUCAACGCUCUGGAUCGGGCAUCUGGGGACGGAGACUGUGGCAACACACACGCACAGGCUGCCCGAGCCAUUCAGGAGUGGCUCUGCAUUCAUGUGGUGCCUGGUUGCCCGGGGCAACUGCUGUCUGUCCUGGCCGGAUUGGUGCAGGAGAAGAUGGGCGGGUCUUCAGGGGGGAUAUACAGUCUCUUCCUUACAGCGGCAGCAGGACAUUUGACCGAGGGAUUGAGCCAUGCCGGGGCCUGGGCCAACGCAGUGCAUGCUGGGACACAGGCCAUGAUGAGGUACGGAGGGGCGGAGCCUGGCGACAGAACCAUGUUGGAUGCCUUGUGCCCAGCUGUGGAUGAGCUGCUGAAGGUGAAAACAGCUCCUUCUGGUGGUGAGAUGGCAGUACUGCAGGCUGCUGUUAAGGCAGCAGAGUUGGGGGCGGAGUCGACCCGUGACCUCACAGCUAGAGCAGGGCGAGCGAGCUACAUCGCCGCAGAGCGAGUGACCCUCCCCGACCCUGGGGCGGUGGCGGUAGCCGCCAUCUUGAGAGCCGUGCUGGAGUCGCUAGAGGAACAGUCGUAACUUAGCAACCUGGCAAGCCAUAGGACAGACUGAGGCCCAAUAAUAUAGUUCAAAUACAAAUCACUAUAUUAUGGUAAUAUACACUUUCUAACAUGGUUAUAUAAACUAGACUAUGAGGUUAGACUAUUUAACAGGUAAUAAAUUGGUAUUUUCCCCAUAAACAACAAUUACAACCCAAUAUAUGCAUCAAUUUGUUAUCAAUAAUUUUGGUGUGCUCAAUAAAGGGGAUACAUGUAAUUGUUGGUUUCAGAAGACAUUUCUUAGUUGUAAUGUAUGCAUUAAAGAGGUAAUAACUGAAUGACUUUCACUGAAGACAAUGGUUAUAUUUACAUUAAUUAACAAUAUCUUAAUGAAGUAUUUAGGCUCUGUGGUUUGGCUUUUUUUUGGACUUUGUACUAUUAGAGUUAAUAAACAAGUAUCACAAGUGUAUUUAUGCUGAUUAUGGUAAGUUUACCCUAACACUGACCUUACAUUAGGGUCAGGGGUUACUACAUUAGGGUAAAGUUUCUAUAAUAGGGGUCAGGUGAUUCUACAUCAGGGUUAAGUGUUUACCUCUGGGUUAGGUGAUUCUACCGUAAAGUGUUUCUAAAAGGUUAGGGGAUUCUAUAUCAGAGUUUAGGUGAUUCUACAGUGGGAUUAUGUGUUUCUACAUGGGGAUUACGUUUUACUUAAUGAAGGGUUUUAGAGAUUGGGUUGCGUAAUUCAAUAGGUUAUUCUACCUUAAGGGAUUUUGAGGACAAAGUUAGACAAAUCUUCAACUUGCUUCACAACGGCUGGCUAUGGGCAUUCACAAAACAACCCUAAACGUUUGUUUUCAGAAAUGUGCAACUCACCGAGUGGUUAGUGGUGUUCGCUGAUGUUCCAAAUCAGGUAUCGUUGCGAUAAACAGUUUUUGUCGUGUUUUAUUUGGCAUUUUGUUAAUUUAUUGAUUGCGGUUGGAAGACUCAUUGCUUGUUGUAGUCUUUUUGCUCCGUUCUAGCCCUACUGUUGAGUCUGAGAACCGAGCUAAAAGACUACAACCAGCACCCCUGGAUUCCGCUGCUGCCGUGAUCUUCUCCUCAAGCAGUAGAUUCAACAUUUGUGCAUAUUUUCUUUCUCCUCUACGAAUCUCGCGGUAUGUUUAAAAAACAACACACAAGUUAAUUUCGGGUUUAAAAUGCAUUGUAAUGCGCGUUACUGAGAUUUGUAACAAUUAAAAUAUUACCUUUACAGCAAAAAGUAAUGCAAUCCAGUAAUUGCAUUACUUUUCUAAACGCGUUACUCCCAAAACUGACUGUAUUAUUAUAACAAUAGCCUACAUCGCUUGGUAGGUCAAUCAUUGACCUGCCAAUGAUGCCCAUUGGCAGGGAAGUCUGUGCAACCAUUUGUUCACUGAAACACUCAAAACAUUUUGAAUUGUUAACGUUAUAAUGGUGCACUACUGAACAUGGUGAUUCAUGUAGGCACCGCCUGGACUACUCAUCCCAUGUGUACAACCGUCAAAACAAUGAGUUUUGCUUCUGUUUUUUUUUUUAUUAGAUAAGCUCCUGUAUAAUUGGUCAUUGCAUUGGUGGGAAAUUAACUCAUCAUCCGUCUCACAAAUGACGGUUUCCCAGACCGAGCUAUUAGGUAGUAGUACAAACAUUUACAGAAUGGGCUGCGUCGCAUUAGUCCCCUGAUACAAUUAUGUUCACGCCCUUAACGUGUUUACCUUUUUGAUUAAGUUGGAUUGCCGGAAUAGGAUGCAAGCGGCAUGAUGAGAGUGCUCUGUGGACUUCUGGGUACUAUCAACGUCACAAGAAGGAAGUCUAGACAAUGGAUGACAUCAUCUAUGGACGGUUCCAUCGCGUGUUGCGUCAGCAUAAAACAAGAAGGACCAUCAACUAAAUCAUUUUAUUUCAAUUUCAUAAUUAAAAUUUACACUUUACAUUAAUAAUUUAUAUUGUUUAUACCGACUGUUUUUUCUGCCCUACUUGUUGUUUUUUCUGUUUGUCUUGUCUUGUCCUUACUUUAGCAUUAGUUUAGCAUUUACCUUAACGUCUAUUUUCGUUUGUAUUAGUACUUUGUAUUUGUAUUGUAUUGUAUUUCUAUCCUGUGUUUUUCCACUGCCGCAACAAACAAAUUCGUCCUACGGGGGAUUAAUACAAUUGUAUCUAAUCUAGUCUAAUCUAAAUGACAAAGGCGGGCAAAUCUUUUGCAUUGUGCUUGCAUUCUCUGUUUUAGAUGCUCUUACACAGCAGCUCGGGACAGCCGUCGUCACCCAAUACACUUUUGCCCAGGCUGUUCAAAAGUGGCUGCGCUAUGCGCCAGGCCGUGCAGGCGGUAGUGGAAGACGUGACGUCAUGUAAUCGUGUAACAAAAUGAUUUUUUUUCACCUUAAACAGUGUGGUGUGGUCAGUGUUUUAGGCUAGGCUAUAGGCAUACAAGCUUUCAAAUUUGACAUGACUUUUUAGCAUCCUGGCUGUCGGUAAAGCAGGAUAUUCAUUAUAGGCUAUUUAAUUUAGGGCAUUACAUUUUCGUAUAUUCACUGUCUGUUUAGUCUAGAAUAUGGAUGAACAAAACGUGACUUGGCAUUACAACAUUUUGCAUAACAGCAUUCCCAGGGGCAGCACAUUUCACAAUCGCACUUCUUCGGUAGGGCCCAAACAUUACUAGUCUCA